AUGCACGGCUACAGUUCCUCUGACGAGUCGGACGAUCCUCGCCGUCCGCGCUCGCAGCCAUCCUCGUCAGGCAACAACCAAGACAACAAGAAGAAGAGAAAGAAGAGACUCCCUCCCCAGCAGUCCAUCAACAGGAUCUGGAAGAAGUUUUCAAACCGAAAGUUUUACACGGCGCUCUCAGUCCUUCCGUUCGACCCUGUCGCGCCUCGAUCGGGAUUGGACCGACCUAAUGAGCUGCUCUCCGAAGGAUAUGAGCGCGCUGCAGAAGAGUGUCGACGAAAGGUCGAGAAGAUUGUCAAGGAGUGUAAGCGGGUCAAUAUGAGAUAUCGUGACCCAGGCUGGGAUUUGGACUGGGAUCUGAGAUACGAAAAGGGCAACACCCUCAACUAUAUCGGCAGCGACAAGUUUGAAAUCAACAGGACUACCUUGCUGGGCUCCAAAGCGGUCGUUCCCAAGGCUGUCAAGAGAGUGCACGAGAUUUUCGAGAAGCCCACGUUUUUGAAGGAUGUCAGCGGAAGCGAUGUCAAGCAGGGGGGCCUUGGAGACUGCUGGCUCAUGUCCAGCUUCACUGCAUUGGCAAGCGCCGAUAAAGGUGUUCCCCGGUGCUGUGUGGCAUACGAUACGAAAAUCGGCAUUUACGGAUUUCUCUUCUACCGGGAUGGAGAAUGGGUCUACUCGAUUGUCGAUGACAAGCUGUAUCUCAAGUCUCCGGGUUGGGACUCGCCUAGCAUGCAGCGUGACCUUCUUCAGCAGAUUGACCGCAACGAAGAAACCGAAGCUACUUACAGGAAGACGUACCAGACGGGCUCAAAGGCUCUCUUCUUUGCCCAGUGCAAGGACCAAAAUGAAACCUGGGUGCCACUCCUUGAGAAGGCCUACGCCAAAGCCCAUGGUGACUAUGCCUCCCUUUCUGGUGGCUGGAUCGGAGAAGGUCUAGAGGAUCUCUCUGGUGGAGUCACCACUGAGCUGCUUGCAUCCGACAUCUUGGAUCUUGACGCCUUUUGGGACAACGAGCUGUCCAAGGUCAACAAGGAAUUCAUGUUUGGCUGCUCUGCUGGCAUCCUGGAUUAUGGCUAUGGCCACCGCGAUGGCAUCAGCGAGGCUCAUGCCUACGUUGUCACCGAUGCUCGCACCCUCAAGUCAGGCCAGCGACUGGUCAAGCUCCGCAAUCCCUGGGGCGAGAUCCGCAAGGGCCUUUGGGAGGGAGCGUGGAGCGACGGCUCCAAGGAAUGGACUGCCGAGGCCCAAGAGGAGCUGGGCCAUAAGUUUGGCAGCGAUUCUGUCUUUUGGAUUACCUUUGAGGACUUGGUCCGCAAGUAUACUCAUUUUGACCGGACUCGUCUGUUCAGGGAGGACGACGACUGGCGCUGCUGUCAGCGAUGGAUCGGAGUCGAUGUCCCGUGGAAGGCGGAAUAUCACGAAAAGUUCCGCAUCAAGCUGACAAAGGACUCUCCUCUCAUUCUCGUCUUGUCGCAAUUAGACGGAAGAUACUUCAAGGGCCUCCAAGGGCAGUACAGCUUCCGCCUUCACUUCCGCCUUCACAAUGAAGAUCAACCCGACGCGGAAGAUUACAUUGUGCGCUCUCACGGCAACUACUUUAUGAAGCGAUCGGUGUCUGUGGAGCUCCCCGAUCUUCCUUCUGGCAACUAUACUGUAUACCUCAAGGUGACUGGCCAGCGCAACCAGGAACUGCCGUCGGUCGAAGAGGUUGUCAAGAGAGAGAGCCAAAAGCGGGUUGAAAACGAGAAGCUCGCGCAAGUGGGCUACGCGUAUGACCUGGCCCACAGCAAGGCCUGGGAGCACAUGGAAAAGGUGACUGAGAUUCGCAACAAGCGAGACCAGGAAAAGGCCACUUUGCACCGCCAGAAGGAGCGCCGACGGCAGUGGGAGAGACGGCACAUCAGCCGCGACGUGACCAAGAAGCAGAAGAAGAAGAAUGGCGAGAAGAAGGAGCGGAAGAAGGAGCACAGGGAGGAGCUGAGGAAGAAGGCCAUUGAAGCAGCUGCCAAGGUGGAGAGCAAGUCUGAGAAUGUCUCGGGCAUCUCGACGCCUCUCGACGCGGACAUUGUCAACAUUGAUGUCAGCAAGCUGGCGCUCAAUGACGACUCGGACUCCAACGCCAGCGGCUCGCCUACUGAUACUCCCAAGUCGGAGAAGUCCAGCAUCUUUCCCUCGGACGAAAAGCAAGAUGUGCCCCCCGCUGCUGAUGAAGACAAGGACGCAGCAGCAGAAGAGCCCAAGCCUGCUGCUGCGGAGGAGAAGCCCGAUCCUCCGGCCGUGGUCGAAGAGUCUGACGGCGACUCGUCCGACUCUCCCGUCGAGGACUGGGAAGAGCUGUAUAGCGACGACGACUUCACCCGCCGGCCUCGCCAGUUCCCCUAUCCCGCGCCUCCUCUGCGGGAUGACUACGACACCGAGGAGGAGAAGAUGCCCACGCCGUGGAAUGCCGUCUGCAUUGUGGGCAUCCGCGUCUAUUCCAAGGACGAGCAGCUGGAGCUCUUGACCGUCAUGGAGGGCGGAUCGCUCGACGGCAUGGGCGAGAAGGGCCAGGCGGAUCUGGAUAAUGCGCAGGACAAUGCCGGUGGUGUGCGGCUGGAGGAGAAUGGGGCGGGUGAA